CGGAACAUCAAGAUGGCUGCCCUCCGCGCUCUUCAGCCGCUGCGCUCUGCCGCUCAGGCCGGCCCUGUCUCGGUGCUCGCCUCUCGUGGUCUCAAGAUCUCCACCCCUCAGCAGUCUGCCCUCCUCGAGAGCAAGACUGGCAAGACUGGUGCCGCUGUCCUUGGUUUCGGUCUCGCCGCUUACCUGGCGUCGAAGGAAAUCCUGAUCCUGCACAGCGAGACGGUCGUCGUUGCCUCGAUUGCCGCCGUUACCUAUGGUCUCAUGUCCAAGGCUGGCAAGGACAUUGCUUCGGGUCUCGAUGAACGUGCCCAGGCCAUCCAGGAGGGUCUCGAGAAGGGCCGCGUGGCCCGCAUCGCCGCCAUUGAGAAGGAGAUUGCCCAGCAGGAGCAGCUUAAGGCCUCUGUCUCCAACCUGCAAGAGAUUUACGAUGUCAACCGCGAGCUGGCCUCGGCUACCCGUGAGCUGGCUUACCGCACUGAGCUCCACGCCGCACGCGACAAUGCCCUGGCCAACCUCAAGGACAUGGUCGCCAUUGAACAGUCCCAGCGCCAGGCCGAGCAAAACGAGAUUGCCAACUGGAUCGAGGCUGAGGUGCUCAAGGCCCUUGAGGGCAAGGAAGAGGCCCUCAUGAAGCAGAGCAUUGCUGAUCUGGAGGACCUCGCCAAGGCCCAGGCCUAAGAUCUCUGGUUCUUCACCAGCCCAGACACUUAGCUCUUCUGUCCUUUGUAUUACUGGCUGACGAUGGGCUUUUUUCCCUCCCUUCGCCUGCCCUCGCCCCCACUCGUUGCGCUGCACAGCCUGCACUUGCUUUCAUGUGGAGGUGACCGGUCGAGCCGGAAAGGAGAGGCGGGCGGAUAGUCCCCCCAAGUCACCUGGAACACCUCCAUGUACCACCCUUGAUUGCAGUGCCCAACUCUGCAACUCGGGCGGAUAAUGGUUUUUUUCUUCUUUUUUUCAAGUGAAGUUUAACCGUGUUUGCUUCAUUUACCUCCCCUUGAACCCCCAUUGAAAUCUCUGUUCUCCUUGUUGGGAAGAGAAAAAUUGACUCAAAAUACUC